UUUUUCACUCACUGUGUUUUACUGUGAAUGAGUCAGACAGUUGGAGGAGUUGGUUGCAUCCAGAGUCUUGUUGUAGUAUCCAGUCCUGGUGUGGUGAGUCCAGGAGCAGGACAGGGAUCAUGGAGGAACUGGCCCGGGAGAGCAUCAGCCUCCUGGCCCGGUCUGCGUCUCAUGCAGACCCACCGCGGCUGGGCUCAUUUGGGGCCGUGUUCAUCAUGCUGAAGUCUGCGCUCGGGGCUGGGCUGCUCAACUUCCCCUGGGCUUUCCAGAAGGCGGGGGGAGUGAGCACUGCUGUCAAUGUGGAGAUGGCAUCACUGGUGUUCCUCAUCAGCGGGUUGGUCAUCCUCGGCUACGCCUCAUCCAUCAGCAGACAGAAAACCUAUCAGGACGUCGUGCGGGAGGUUUGUGGCCGAGCUGUGGGACAACUGUGUGAGGUGUGUUUCUGCUUUAAUCUCUUCAUGAUCUGUGUCGCCUUCCUGGUGGUGGUGCAGGACCAGCUGGAGAAAUUGUGUAUUUCUCUUUAUGAGACGGUUACUGGGUCCACUGAGGGAGAGAUGCCCUAUCACUGGUACACCGACCAGCGAUUCGCCCUUUUCAUAAUGUGCCUCAUCAUUAUCCUGCCUCUGUCCAUCCCAAAAGAAAUUGGUAUCCAGAAAUACACAAGUGUGUUGGGGACGCUGGCUGCUACAUAUCUCUGUGUAGCAGUGAUUGUCAAAUACUACUUGAUGGAGAGCCACAGUGUCAUCAUAACUCCAGAGCACAGUCAAGGUGUGAGUUCCUGGGCUUCAAUGUUCAGCGUUGUGCCUACGAUUUGCUUUGGCUUCCAGUGCCAUGAAGCCUGUAUAGCGAUCUACAGCAGCAUGGAGAACCAGAAGCUCUCCCACUGGGUGGUCAUUUCUGUGGUCUCCAUGUUUUUCUGUUUGCUCAUAUAUACUCUGACCGGUGUGUAUGGAUUCAUGACAUUUGGACGAGAUGUUGCCUCGGACAUUUUGAUGUCAUAUCCGGGAAACGAUGUGGUCAUGAUCAUUUCCAGACUUCUGUUUGGAAUAUCAAUUAUUACUAUAUAUCCUAUCAUUCUUCUUCUGGGGAGAUCUGUCAUCCUGAACUUGAUGCUUCGUAUCCGGAGACGCAGUCGGGGAAUCGUCACCCACUCGUUUGAGAGUCGCUGUAGGGUGGUUCUGACGGUGAUCUGGAUCACCAUCACUCUGCUCAUUGCCAUGUUUGUUCCUGACAUGGGAGAGGUCAUUAGUGUUAUAGGAGGAAUCAGUGCCUUUUUCAUCUUCAUCUUUCCAGGUCUGUGCCUAGUGUUCAUUAUGCAAAAUGAAAAUGUGAAGUCGAGUUUCAGGGUAAUUUUAACAGUUUGGGGGGUCAUAACCGUUGUCGUUGGAGCCUUCAUUUUUGGACAGAGCACAACCAUCGCUGUUAUGGAGCUUUGCAACAAAUUCUGAAUGUAACCGCCAUGAUCCUGAUCACCACUAUCAGCAGCAGCUGCCUUACUGUGACUUCAGAGCAUUUUGUGGUGCUCAUCUCUUUUGCACAACUGAAUAUUGUAUUGGCAAAGGAGGGUUUUAGUUGUAUAUUUAAUCCAUACUGAGGUCUUUAUGGGCCUGGAUAUAAAUUCUAUUUACUGUGCAAUUUGUUGAAGCUUUAGUUUUGGAUUUAA